AUGUAUCCAUGUUCGUGCGCGUGCUGGUUUGACGACGAGAAUGCAGCGGCCAUUCUUUACAAGCCGAUAUCUCACGAACACAUUAUGCAUCGGACUGUUAACGAUGGAUAUCUCACUCCCGAGACUAUUAAAGCUUCAUCUGACGCAGAGGAUGUUGUCUACGCAAGCGUUAUCGCCACGAUAUUCAGGUAUGGAGGGAGGCGAUAUUCACUAAAUAUCAGGUGCACCGCCGGGGCGAAUGUCACCGCACCAAGCUGGGGUCGCACCGUCGGGAUUAUCGACUUUACAAGCGCCCUGCGAUCGCAUUGGCGCGUUGCAAGCACGCAGCCGAUAAAUCACCGUCCGCAACGAUUUUAUUGGCCGCAUAUUUUAACGGUCCGCGUCCGACCAGCCGCCUGGAACCAGACGCCGUUGGUCGCGUUCAGCCAACGC